GGAUCAUAGAAUUCGUAGAAGGUAUAUUGUUUAGCCAAGACAGUGAGUGAACUAAAGUGGACGUCAGUUAUUGAAAUUGGAAAAAAUUUAUAAUAAUUGUUCAGUUUUUUUGUUGACUUAAUUUAAUCUGACAAAAUGAAUGAAGCUAAUGAAUUGCCACCAGGAACAGCGUCGCUACUCGAAGAACUCGAGAAAAAACUUAUGGUUCUGUUGAGAGAUGGCAGAACAUUAAUUGGAUAUCUCAAAAGUGUUGACCAAUUUGCUAAUAUAGUACUUCAAAGUACCAUCGAGAGAAUUCAUGUUGGCGAAGAGUAUGGUGAUAUCCCGAGAGGUAUUUUCAUAGUGAGAGGAGAAAAUGUUGUACUGUUAGGAGAAAUAGACAGAGAAAAGGAAAAGGUUUUACCAUUAAAAAAGGUGACAGUAGAUGAAAUUUUGGAUGCUCAAAGGCGUGAACAAGAAUCGAAGCAAGAACAGAAGAAGCGAAUGAACAAAGCUUUGAAAGAGAGAGGUUUCUCGUACAUACCAGAUUUAAGUCAUGAGGAUAUGUAUUGACCUACAAGUGUAUCUAUUCUGUUUUUUGUAUGGACUUUAAUUAAUUUACAAUUAUUAAAAAUAUAACUACUAUAUGA